CCGAAGUCUCCUGUCGCAGGCCGGCGGUCCUCGGGACGAGAGGCAGAGUCGCGUCGAGGCGACCGGCAGAUGACACUUCGGACGAGUCUGAAAAAGAAAAGCGGUCAAAGGCAUCACUCGUCGUCACCCUCGCCAGGUCAGCAGAGGUCUCGUCACGGAGGUUCUUCCGCUGCGGAGCACCGGAAAAACGUGGCCAAAAGCGAUGAAGAAAAAUUUCCUUUUGAGAAACAGAUCUACAAGCAGGCCUCUUCGAAUGGCCUGAGGGUGCACCAACGUGUGCACGGACGUUGUUUCCAUGCGACACUCUUCGAAAUAGCGACCUCAAACUGUGCUGUCGAGAAUCUAGAGGUUCAGGACUCGUGGUUCCGCUGCAAAAGUGAGUUGACCACCUCGACGGAGACUGCGCUGCCUGGCCACCUCGAAAUGAGGUACACCAAUUUGGCGACCAGUUUUCCCAUUCGUCCGACGACAGGCACUUCCAACAUGAAACGAAGGGAGUGUUUGGUUUUGCAGUAA